CUAUGGUCACACUUCAUCUUCCCGCCCAUUGUUUUGCUCAAUUGGUUGUUGUUUACGUUCUGCAAAUAUGGAACUGAUGGAGGUGGAUGAGUGCACCCCCCAGCACUACGUGCGCACGCCGGAGGAUGUGAAGAUCAUCGUGAAACACGCCAAGCUGGACGAGCGCCAGCUGACCCAGCUCACGCAGGCGCUGUACUUCCCCUCGGCGGACGUGGACUCCGACAACCUGCGUCUCCUCGAGCUGGACGGGCACAUGCUGGAGCAGAUCCGCGACGGCCAGACGCUGCACUUCAAGGGCGGCCAAAACGAGAAGGUGGUGCUCUGCACCGACGAGCGAACGUACGACGUGAAGGGUGCCGAGAUCUCCAACAGCCUGCUCCUGGUGCCGGACCUGAAGUUCGCCGCUGCCACCAGUACUUCACCGCUUAAAAGCCCACGCACAGGCAACGCCAAUGCCUCCCUGGAGCGGAGCCUCAACGACAGCACGGAGGACGAGCUGGAGGUUCCGCGGACUCUGGAGCAGCGUCACGUCCUCAAAGUGUUCCACGAGUACUUCGAGUGCCGCGAGAUCAAGCCGCGUUUCCGCAAACUGGGCGAGCUCCUGCAACUGACUCGCUAUUCGGGGCCCGAGAACGAGUUUUGCGUGGAGCAAAAGCUGCUCUUCACCUUGUCCCAACUUCUGGACACGGUGCAGUGCAGCCGGGCACAGUUCAUGGAGGGAUUGAGCCACUAUCGAGCCAUAGAGCUGGACGGCCGGAUGCGGGUGAUGGAGUACGAAUACGAGUACCGCACCAUAAGUCUGAUGCUCGGAGUGAUCAGCGAGAACUCCUGGGCACUGGACGAAGUGGAGAGAGAGGAAACCAUCAAUGCCCUGAAGGGCAUUGCUCCCGAGGACGUUGUGGCGGGGCUUUUCGAUAUCUAUACCACUCCCAGCGAUCGGUGUCCGGGAAAGUUUGAGUACAAGGAGUCACUGGUGGCCAGGAUUGUGGCACAGAACAUUCUCCAGCCCGGCCUGCGAUUCCGCAACGAGGAAUUCAUGCGCACCUGGCAGGAGGCGCUGCCCGAAGGCAUGGCCUGCCACUUGAAGUACCUUCGAGGUCUGGGUAUCUGCGACAAGGAGGGGGCUCAGCCCUGCAUCCGCUCGCUGGCCGAGGAGCAGCUGCCCACCACGAUCAAUGAUCGUAUGAAGGCUAUGUUCAAGACCAAGAAGAGGUGGACAAUGGAGGAAAUGGAACCGUACAUAGAAUGUUUUACUACCCCCACUUUGUCCGUAUCCACGCUGCUGGCCAAGCACGCCCGGUCUUUAACAGACGGAGGUGUGAGAUACUUUGUGUCAAAGCAUUGAUUGAAGCAUCCAAAAUUGUAACUCUUUUAUCCAUUAUUUAAUAAAGGUAGUUUAAGUUUGUCCUAGGCA